AUGGCCGCCGCCGCCACCUCCAGCCCCCACUCCAUGCUCCUCCACCGCCCCAGCCCGGCCGCCGCCGUCUCCUCCAUCCGCCUCCCCGCCCGCGCCGCCAAGAUCUCCUGCGCGGCCGUCGCCGCGCCCUCAGCCGCCGCCACCGCCCCCUUCGCGGCCGCCGGCGAGCGCGGCGUCUACAACUUCGCGGCGGGCCCGGCCACGCUCCCGCUCGCCGUGCUCCAGAAGGCGCAGGCGGAGCUGGUCGACUACCGCGGCUCCGGGAUGAGCAUCAUGGAGAUGAGCCACCGCGGGAAGGAGUUCGACGCGGCCAUCAAGAAGGCCGAGGCCGACCUACGCACGCUCCUCUCCGUCCCCGACACCCACGAGGUGCUCUUCCUCCAGGGCGGCGCGUCCACCCAGUUCUCCGCCGUGCCGCUCAACCUCUGCGCCUCCCCCGCCUCCCCCGCCGACUACCUCGUCUCGGGGUCCUGGAGCGACAAGGCCUUCAAGGAGGCCAAGAAGUUCUCCGCCGCGUCCCUCGCCUGGUCCGGCAAGGACGGCAAGUACACCUCCCUCCCACCCCUCACCUCCAUCUCCCAAAACCCCGACGCCGCCUUCCUCCACAUCUGCUCCAACGAGACCAUCCACGGCGUCGAGUUCAAGGACUACCCGGUCCCCGCCAACAAGUCCGCCCUCCUCGUCGCCGACAUGUCCUCCAACUUCUGCUCCAAGCCCGUCGACGUCUCCAAGUUCGGCGUCAUCUACGCGGGCGCGCAGAAGAACGUCGGGCCCUCGGGCGUCACCAUCGCCAUCGUGCGCAGGGACCUCGUCGGCAACGCGCAGCCCAACACCCCCGUCAUGCUCGACUACAAGACCCACGCCGACAACGCGUCGCUCUACAACACCCCGCCCUGCUUCGCCAUCUACAUCUGCGGGCUCGUCUUCGAGGACCUGCUCGCGCAGGGCGGGCUCGCCGAGGUGGAGAGGAAGAACCAGCACAAGGCCGGGAUCCUCUACGACGCCAUCGACGCCAGCGGCGGGUACUUCGUCUGCCCCGUGGAGAAGCCCGUGCGCUCGCUCAUGAACGUGCCCUUCACCAUGGCCAAGGGGGCCGACUUCGAGAAGAAGUUCAUCGCCGAGGCCGCCAAGGAGAACAUGCUGCAGCUCAAGGGCCACAGGUCGGUCGGCGGCGUGCGCGCCUCCAUCUACAACGCCAUGCCGCUCUCCGGUGUGGAGAAGCUCGUCGCCUUCAUGAAGGAUUUCCAAGCCAGGAACCCUUGAUUUGGCCAUCAUCCCUCUGGUAUUGCUUUUGUAGGAUGCUCUGUCUGUUGUUCCUCAUAUUAUAAUUAGGCUCUAUGCAAGAGCUGGGUCAUAUUAGUAUAUUGGUAGUAACUAUUUUGCAAUGCCGCUGCAUUUUGGUUUUCGUGUUUGUGGAAUCUCCUUUUCCAUUGCUCACCAUUGAGAUUGGAACAUGUUGUUUGGGAAUAAAGGUAGAUGGUCGAUUGUCUUGAGAGAGUA